CGCAAAUAUCUACGAUCAUGAAGAAAAUAUGCGGCUGAGCGUCCAACUGAAUCGCUGGAUAUUAAAACCGAUUGGUGCCUGGCCGAAAUCAGCCAAUCUUUCCUCGAUAGAAAAAUUGUUGUAUUUGUUGAUAAAUAUAAUCUGCAUCGGUCUGAUCGGCUUCCUUUUCAUACCCUGCGCCGCCUUUGUUGUGCUCGAGGUUGAGGAUACAUACAAUACCUUAAAGCUUACCGGACCGUUGAACUUCUGCCUGAUGGCCGUCAUAAAGUAUUCUUCGCUAAUCUUUCGCGAGAACGACAUUCGGAAGGGUAUCGAACACAUCAAGAGUGACUGGAUGAAUACUCAACAUUAUAGCGAUCGAACCAUCAUGAUCAAAAAUGCGAAAUUCGGCCGACGCCUCGUGGUGAUAUGCGCGUUCUUUAUGUACGGCGGUGCUUUGUUUUGGUAUCUCGCCUUGCCGUUCAGCAACGGAACGGUCACGGACGACGGAAAUUUGACGUAUCGGCCACUGGUGUAUCCAGUCGCCAGAGUGAUCAUCGACGCGCGACAUAGUCCGAUCAGUGAGAUUUUCUUUUGGAUACAAUGUCUAUCAGGUUUCCUCGUACACUCCAUCACAACCGGAGCUUGCAGUUUAGCCGCUGUCUUUGCAAUGCACGCUUACGGCCGCUUGGAGGUUCUGAUGCAAUGGAUCGACCACUUGGUAGAAGGACGGGAAGAUUUUUGCGCCAGCGUGGACGAGAGAGUAACGAUGAUUGUUCAACAGCACGUACGAAUUUUACAUUUUAUAUCGCUUACGGACAAAGUACUGCGUGAAAUAUCUUUCGUGGAAAUGAUAGGAUGUACGUUAAGCAUGUGUUUUCUUGGAUAUUUUACUAUCACGGAAUGGGAAAGUAAAGAACCUGCGAGUUUCAUAACAUAUAUUGUUCUACUAACAUCUCUUACGUUUAAUAUUUUCAUAUUUUGUUACAUUGGCGAACUUGUAACCGAACAGUGCAAAAAGAUCAGCGAGGUGUCUUACAUGAUCGAUUGGCAUCGCUUACCAGAUAGAAAGGGUCUCGCACUUGUAUUAAUAAUCGCUAUGGCUAAUUCGUCUGUGAAACUUACUGCUGGAAAUCUUUUCGAGCUAUCUCUCAGUACAUUUAGUGACGUAGUUAAGACAUCGGUCGCUUACUUGAAUAUGUUACGUACAUUAACUACAUAAAAAUCUGAAGUGAGG